AUGGCGGUGACGGCGAUGCUUAGUUUCUGGUUUCUUUCCAAGAUCGUGAUGAUAAGCAGAUUGAGUCAGAUUGAGGUUCUUAACCACCCAGGCGUCGGAAAUCGCAACACCGGUGUGGUCGACUAUGACAAAGGGUCGUCGGACAAUUCCGAAACAUCCACACUCUGGAAGCAGCCAGUUGUGAUCAAUAGAUACUACAAAUGUAUCAAUCGUUCAAGGCACGAGACAGAAAGGAAAGUGAUAUCAUACGUGAUUCAGAAUCUGUUUUAUUUUCCCUUUUUAGGUCCAGCGAACCCGACGAAUGGGUAUAUCUUAGUCCACGCGAACGGGGGAUUGAAUCAAAUGAAAAUAGGAAUAAGCGACAUGGUUGCGAUCGCUAAGAUUAUGAAUGCCACCCUUGUGCUGCCUCAUCUGGAUGUUACUUCCUAUUGGACAGAUACAAGUGGGUUCAAAGAUUUGUUCAACUGGAGGCAUUUCAUGGAUGUCCUGAAAGAUGAUAUCAAUAUUGUAGAAUCUCUCCCACCAAAACUUGCAUCAGUGACCCCACUCAAGAAACCCCCAAUUUCCUGGUCAAAGCCUAGUUACUAUAGAAAGAUAGCUGAGAUAUUGAAGCGCCGCAAAGUAAUCAGGUUCACUCAGACCGACUCUCGCCUUGUCAACAACGGCCUGGCCGGAUCAAUCCAAAGACUACGGUGCCGGGCAAUGUACGAGGCGCUUAGAUAUGAGGAUGGAAUCGAAGAGCUUGCUAAGAAGUUAAUUGGCAGACUUAGAGAAAAUGAUGAACCAUACCUUGCUCUUCAUUUAAGAUAUGAAAAAGACAUGCUUGCGUUUACAGGAUGCAACCACAGUCUUAGCGCAGCCGAGAGCAAUGAGCUCGAGCUAAUGAGAAAUAACACUCGUCAUUGGAGGGAAAAGAUAAUCAAUGGCACAGAGAAGCGGCUCCAGGGUGAGUGCCCGAUGACCCCAAGGGAGAGCGCAGUUUUCCUUGGGGCGCUUGGCUUCCCUUCGUCUACCAAGAUAUAUAUUGUUGCUGGGAAGACAUACGGUCAAAAUGGGAUCGGUCCGCUUCGAUCCAAGUACCCGAACAUCUACACGCAUUCCAAUUUGUUCACGGAAGAAGAUUUGCGGCAAUUUAAGCACCGCCAAAAUAAGCUUGCGGCAUUGGACUUCAUUGUGGCAGUGGAAAGUGAUGUUUUUGUUCACACUUAUGAAGGCAACAUGGCUAAGGCAGUGGAAGGUCAUAGGAGAUUCGAAGGAUUCAGGAAGACAAUCAGUCCUAACAAACAAAAAUUUGUGAAGUUAAUUGAUGAUUUGGAUGGGGGCCUGAUAUCUUGGGAUGAUUUCUCAUGGCAAGUGAAGAAGUCACAUGAGGACCGUGUGGGAUUACCAUCCCGUCGGCAAUCAGGACAAUCUUUCAAAUUGGAAGAGAAUUUCUAUGCAAACCCUUUCCCUGGUUGCAUCUGCGACAAGUCUAAACUCCAUGACAAAACUAGUUUUUGA